CACACAUACACACACACUGGUGAAGCAGGAGCUCAGCAGUGGGAUGGAUUCUGACUACUAAAGAGACGGAGUGAGAGGGAGGGGGAAAGAGUCAGCGAGCGCCGAGCUUGCACAAGAGAGGGAAAGGAUUGAGGCACUGGUGUGCAAAUCCACAUGAGCAGAUCUGGAGGAAAACGCUGGCUGCUUUGGGCGAGACCUUGAGCGUGGCUUUUCUCAGCGUGAAGAGGUAGCCCUCGGUGCUCGUCGUACAUCCCGGAGGAACGAGGCAACAAAGACUUGACUGACAAGCGCAAGAGAUUGACUAGGGGGAGGUCUAUGUCACUUCAUUUGCAUCUGUGGAGAGGAGGAGUGUGAGGAAGAUCCAGGGAAGAAAAAUGAAUAUUGGACAACAGCUGUUUUUUGAAUGAUUUUUUUUUUCUCCCCCAUUCAUAAAUCCAACACGGCGAUGUAGAGCCAGUCCUCCUAGCUGGAUGUUGCAUGGUCUAGUCAGCUGCUGAAUGUUUCAGUUGUGGCUCCUUAUUUCUUUUCUGUUUGCACUUUUCAGUGUGCAACGUGAACAUUUCGCAGGUUUGGGUUCUUUUUGACUAGACUGCACAUUUCAAGGAGGAACAGAAGAGCAGCUUGCGAUCCAAGACGGGAGUUUGGAUCAUGUGCAGUAUUUUUUGAUACUCUUGACUUUGCAAAUUAUUUCUAAUUUCCUUUCCAACUUCUGAUUAGACUUGCUGACCAUGACAGCCAUGAAGGGAGAUUCGGAGGACAGCAUCGAGAGCAUCAGGCCUUCAAAUCUGCAAGCCUUCGCCAACUCGUCCACGCUGCACGGCAUGAGCCACAUUUUUGCCUACGGACACAUGACAUUCCGUCGCUUCUUGUGGACUCUGUCGUUCCUGGGCUCUCUCGGGCUGUUGCUUCUGGUAUGCAUGGACCGCGUGUCGUACUACCUUGAGUUUCCUCAUGUCACCAAACUGGACGAGGUGGCAGCACCAAACCUCACCUUUCCCGCUGUGACUUUUUGCAAUCUGAACGAGUUCCGCUUUUCCAAAAUCACCAAAAACGACCUCUAUCACGUCGGGGAACUGCUGGCGCUGCUCAACGAAAACUACCAGAUUGCGAACCCACAUCUUGCAGAGCCAGAAAUCCUUGCUGCUCUAAAGGAAAAGGCCAAUUUUGUCAACUUCAAGCCCAAGCAGUUCAACAUGACUGAUUUCUAUAACCGAACGGGCCACGACAUCAGUGACAUGCUUCUGCAGUGCACUUUCCGAGGCGACGAUUGCUUCCCUUUCAACUUCACCACACACGCACAUUGCGCAAUAAUUCCUGACUUGUUAGCGCUGGAGCCGAUCUCGGAUCUGUGUGGAUACUUUCGGGGCCCGACGUUGACAUUUCCCACACCAUCACUGAUCAGGAUGGUGUGAUGCUGGUGUGAAGCCCCUGUAGAGAUCAGCAGUCUGAACACGUGUGAAUGCAGCGGGUUUCUUUCGCAUUACACAGAAGAGGAAAAGCAUAUUUAGGUCCGAAAAUGCUGAUGUUAGAUAAAACGCUUUAGUGCCUGUGGUAUGAGCGAGUUUUCUGUGCUUCAGUGAUCGACUCAGAUCAUACGCUGAAAAUGCCUUUUGGGUGAAGAGAGCGCUCGAUGCUCCGGCGCGACCCUGACGUGACUCAUGUCUGAAAUACGAAUCUUCAAGAUAUGUUUCUCAUAAUCUUCACAGUAGUCAAUAUGUUUUUAUCACACAAUUUCUUUAUGUCAUUUAUUCACUUUCACAUGUUGAUUUGUGUUUGAUUUUUUUUUUUUUUUUCAAAAAACGUUUCACAUUUUCUUUGCAAUUUUCACACGAAAUGU